GUACAAACAAUAUUAUAUCACGAGACACCUUUCCUUGUCUCAUUACAACUGGCUUAAUUUUAUAUCUAUGCAUGUACACACACACACACACACGCACACAUACACGCACACAAACAUUCAGCCAGUAGAAUCAUUCGCUGGCAAACUAAGCUGUAAGUUAUUAACGAAAGCUGUCGCCUUUCUAUUAAAUCGUGAUUUCCAACUUUUCUCCAUACCAGUGGCUCAUUGUCAGUUCAUCUCUUCAUGAUGACUAACAAAGGAAAACCUAUUUUACCUAAAAAUGGAGAGAAGAGCGAGAAAAAGAAGGAAAAUAUAGUCUUCGCAAACGGACAGUUGACAUAUGCUUGCAAUGAUGUUCAUGUUAUCCCAGAAAAAUUAAUUGAAAGUUUCUGUACGAAAACCAAACGUCUGGAUCUAAGUUAUAAUCUACUGUAUACAUUAAAAGGUUUAGAAAAUUUUACAGACUUGGAAGAAUUAGUGUUAGAUAACAACUGGAUUGAUGAUGACACAGAGUUCCCAGCUUUAAAUUCACUGCAUACUUUAACUUUAAAUAAAAAUAAUAUUUCUGAUUUAGAAAGUUUUCUUUUAAAAUUAAAAGCAUCUUACACUAACUUAAAAUACCUCAGUCUUCUUGGAAAUAAUGCCUGUCCUAACCAACUAUCAGACAAAGAAAAAGAUGAUGGAGAUUACCAACGUUAUAGGUAUUAUGUAAUUUAUGAAUUAAAAACUCUCAAAUUCCUCGAUUCAACCCCAAUAAAGGAUGAAGAAGUGAAAGAAGCUUUACGAAUUGGGCAAUAUAUGAAAGUAGCCAGACCAAUUGAGAGCACGAGUCAUGAAAAAUAUACAGAGUCCAGAUUUACCCCACUUCCUGAAUCUAAACCUGGCAAAAAUGUGCGAUAUGGUAAAAGUCGAUACAUAUAUUUUGGCCGUCAUUCAGAAGGGAACCGUUACAUAAAAAACAAUGAUUUGUGACCCAAUAUAACAGCGAAGAAACCUCAUACUACUGAGCUCAGACUUAAGUGACUUUUUAUCUUACUGCUCAUAGUUCUGAGUUCAAUUUCAAGCAAAAUUUAUUUUACAUUUUACUUCUGCAGUUGUGAAGAAAUAUAUGGAACUGAAAACAAUUUUUACAAAGGUGUACAUAAAAAAAAAUCAAAAAGUUCCUGUUGAAAAGAUGCCAGUAUUCUAUAUUAAAAUCCAUCUCUCAGUUAUCAGCUAUUUCCCAAGAGUUAUUUAUUAGCCGACAAAUAAGUACAUAUUUCAAUUCAAAUGUGAACAUUUAUUCUAAGCAAAUAAUCUUGCUGCUGUUCCUAAAUAGUUCUUGACCAACAGUCAUUUGACCCUGUAUACUUGAUACCUCAUUCACAAUAAGAAAAAGAGGAGAAAGAAACAAUACAAAAGACAAUUACAUAAUAAUACUAUUUAUUCCACUGUUGCUGUUGAUAAUGUGAUGUCAGCAAAGAAAACGGACAUAAAAUAAUAAUGUUGAUAAGUAUGUGUGUGACAUCAGAAUAUUUGUAUUAAUAACCAAGUAUUGACUGUAAUAAUGAUAAUGAAGUGAUGAUAUGAGUAAGUAUACAGGUUUUAAUAGUUUGAAAACACAUCAGUGGAAAUUAAAUUUAUAUUGCAUAUGUAUGUCAACAAGUUAUUGAUCAUUUAAAAACUUAAGUAAAACUUACCUGAAACAUCAUACAUUGUAUAAGAAUUGCAUAUGUUUAAGAAUACAUAUCCAAUUACAAAAUAUAAAAAUAAGAACAAGAAAAUCCCAAAAUAUUAUUUCGAGAACAGAUGUAAAUGAUGACGAUUAGGAGUGUGUAAAGCUAGGACUAACUCUGAGGCUAACACUGCCCUAACUCUGAGACUUUCAGCUCUGUUCUUCUUAAUCAGCAAAACCAAUGAAUAAAUUCUAUAUACAUAAUGA